AUUUUCUUCACGAGAGUGUUCACUCACUUCACCUCUCAGGGCUGUGCUAUCAUGCUAUCAUCAUCAUUAUCAUCAUCUACACUAGAACACCUUGUAGUUGGGUUUCAACAAAAUUUGCAUUUGACUGGGUUUCUUUUUGCAGGGAAGUUCAAAUCAUGCGAACACCUCUUGUGGAAUAGUGCUUUUCUAAUGUGAGGAAGAAAGUCUUAUGGAUUUAUUUGCUUCGGGAGGUCACAGAGUUUCAGGAGUGAUUAUUACCCAAAGACGUCAGAUGUGAUCUAAUACAGUGAAUGGACUUUCAAAAUGGCUAAAAUCUGCACUGGAACGUCGUACCCAUCGCAACGAUCCGCAUUCACUCCAGAACCUGCUGCCGAAUGCAUCGAAUGUGGAGAAAGGGAUCAGUCAUCUUAUGGACUAAUGGGCAGGAUGUCCCAAUUUGCUCAGAGGUUUAGAGGAAACUCUGGUAACUGCAGAGUUUCAGAGUGCAAUGAUUCUGCUAUGAUACAGGAGGAGACCGAAGACAUGCAAAACCAUGCAUCAUGGGACUCCAGAGGAGAAGAACUGCGCAAGAGGAACUUCAACAACAAUGCGAAUCAUUGGCCUCUUGCAGCGCUGAAUAUGAACAACUGCAACAACACAGAUGACAAAAAAGACGACAGGGAGAUAAAGAAAGAUGACAAGAAGGAAGAACCAAAAAAGGAUGAAAAGAAGGAAGAGAAAAAAGAUGAAAAGAAAGAUGAGAAGAAAGACGAGAAGAAAGAUGAAAAGAAAGAUGAGAAGAAAGAUGAAAAGAAAGAUGAGAAGAAAGAUGAGAAAAAGGAUGAUAAAAAAGAUGAUAAAAAGAAGGAAGAGGAGAAGCCUAAACAUGUGUGGAUAAUGGAUCCAGCAACAGAUUUAUACUAUCACUGGCUGACUAUCGUAGCAAUACCUGUGUUCUACAACCUAAUGUUGCUUGUUACCAGAGCCUGUUUUAACGAGCUGCAGGAUGAUUACACAAUCCUAUGGAUGGUUCUGGACUAUACAUCAGAUGUCAUCUACUACCUUGACACAUUUGUGAGAUCAAGGACAGGUUUCUUGGAGCAAGGCUUACUAGUGAGAGAAUCCAAGAAGCUGUGGGAGCACUACAAAAAGUCACCGCAAUUCAAAUUCGACAUAUUCUCCAUGAUACCAACAGACAUACUAAUGCUGAAAGUGGGUUACAACAAUCCAGAGCUGAGAUUCAACCGGCUUUUCAAAAUGGCUCGUCUGUUUGAGUACUUUGACCGAACUGAAACCAGAACCAACUUCCCAAACAUCUUUCGAAUCAGCAAUCUCGUCCUGUACAUCCUUAUCAUCAUCCACUGGAACGGCUGUAUCUUUUUCGCCAUUUCAAAAACUCUUGGCUUUGGCUCGGACUCUUGGGUGUAUCCCAACAUCAGUGACCCCGAGUUUGGUCGUCUUGGCAGAAAGUACAUCUAUUGCUUGUACUGGUCCACUCUCACGCUCACCACCAUUGGAGAAACACCACCACCUGUCAGAGACAUUGAGUACUUUUUUGUCGUUUCUGAUUUCCUCAUUGGCGUGUUGAUCUUUGCCACCAUCGUUGGUAACGUUGGUGCUAUGAUUUCCAACAUGAAUGCAUCCCGCGCAGAGUUCCAGGCCAAGAUUGACUCAAUCAAGCAGUACAUGCAGUUCAGAAAGGUCAGCAAAGAUCUGGAGGCGCGUGUCGUGAAGUGGUUUGACUACCUUUGGACCGAACAGAAGACUUGCGAUGAAAAGGAGGUGCUCAAGUACCUCCCAGACAAACUCAAGGCAGAGAUCGCCAUCAACGUGCAUCUGGAGACUCUUCGGAAGGUGCGUAUCUUUCAGGAUUGCGAGGCGGGUCUUCUUGUUGAGCUUGUCCUUAAACUUCAACCGCAGGUUUUCAGCCCUGGCGACUACAUCUGCAAGAAGGGAGACAUCGGGAGAGAAAUGUACAUUAUAAAAGAAGGCAAACUAGCUGUGGUGGCCGAUGAUGGAGUCACGCAGUUUGUGGUCCUGAGCGAUGGCGCUUACUUUGGUGAGAUUAGCAUCCUCGGAAUCAAAGGAAGUAAAGCUGGAAAUCGCAGGACUGCAAACAUACGUAGUGUGGGAUACUCUGAUCUUUUUGCGCUCUCCAAAGAUGACCUAAUGGAUGCUUUAUCGGAGUACCCAGAAGCCAAGAAGGCACUAGAGGAGAAAGGUAGGGCUAUUUUGAUGAAAGACAAUCUUAUCGAUGAGGCUGCUGCCAAUGCUGGCGCAGACGCCAAAGACCUAGAAGAAAAGGUGAAUUUGCUUGGGACGAACCUAGAUGUGAUGCAGACUAAAUUUGCUCGUCUUAUGGCAGAUUGGACUGCCAGCCAGAGCAGGAUCAAACAGAGGCUCACCAACAUGGAGGCCCGCGUGAAGACUCUUAGGGAGGAGGAUUUGGACGAGGUCGUAGAGGAUAAGAAGGACAAAUAAUUCUAUACCAAAAUAGACUGGCUUUAUAUUAUGUGUUAAGAACAAGGAUUACACAUUUACCCAUAUAGAGGAAUCUGGCAUCAUUUGAGUGAGGAAUUGGUUGAUCUAUGCGUAAAACAGCAGCAUCAUACUAUUUAUAGACGACUGAGUCACAGAACUGGCAUUUCACAAGACCUAAACCUAAUUUGUGAAGGCACGUAAACAAUGACAGAUCAGACCGCUUCAGUCUCACUAAUGCAGGAUUGCCUUGAAAGGUAAAUUGGGACAACAGUGCGCCAAGGUUAUCCAUCUUCUGUUUUUGGUUAUUCUGGUUCUUGUGGCUGCCGCUGCAAAGUAUUGUGAUGUCUGAAUAUCAUGUAGUUUCUAAAUUGGUAGAACUUUGAAUUUUCAGGUUAUUAUGCAGCUAUACUCUCUGUGAGAUGUCUUGCUGUAAACUUUAAUAAGUAUGCAUUGUACAAUGUCCCUUUUUUCUUGACGUUCUCAGGAAUUGCCUUGUUGUCUUAUUUGGAAUACCAAAGCUUUGUAUAAGGCAAGCAUAAAUACUAGGGAUGUAACGGUAUUGUAAAUACCGUCAUACCGCAAUAUU